AAUAUAAAAAGCAGCGACGCGGUUACGAUCCUUCUCUGCGGGUUGGCUUUACCCUCUCCUUCAUAAUUGCUCCUCCGCUUCGUCUUCCUCCCCUGGCUUCCUUCCUGAGCUGAGAACCAUAUCUUCAUGAAUUCUGGCGUCAUUGGGGCAUCCGUUGUUUCCUGCAAAUCGGGAAACAAGAACAGCUUCUUCUUCUGGAUCUUCUUUUGCUUACUGCCAAAGUUUUUUGGAACUCCUGUCGUGUUCAUCAAUUUCCUCCUCAUUAACGCUGUUGAUAGGAGUCCUGCUGCAAUAGGUGAUCUCGUGAAGCUAUAGCCUCAAAUUGUUUUGGCCAUCUGCAGUUCUGAGUUAGUUGUCGGUUUAAAGAUGGUGUCUUCUCAGUUACCUGUCCAAAACAAAAAUCAGACGCUGAAGCCCCUGCAGAAGCAACUCUUUGUGACUGUCAACCCUCCUGAUGUCGUUUUGAAUGAUCAUGUUGAGCUGGAUUUCUCUGAUGUUUUUGGUCCAUCGCCUGAGCUUACCCCUGGCGAUUUGGAGAUUUCUCUGUCUGCUGAUGCUGGUGAGCUUGUUUAUGAUGAGCCUGCCGUUGUCUACAGUCGAUCCCACUCGCUGGUUGGGCCAUCCUCAUUUGUUAGUCAUUCUCUAAAGCUGAGCAAGCUCACCCUGGAGUGUCUUGAAGGUGAGACAUUGAAAGAAGAUGACGAACACUCUGUGGACGAUACUGACACCGAGAAUUCUCUGGAGGGUGACCUGUUGACAGCCUCAGGUGUAGGCAUUGAGGACUUCGAGGUUCUGAGUGUUGUUGGGAAAGGCGCAUUUGGAAAAGUGUACCAGGUGAGGAAAAAGGGAACGACCGAGAUAUAUGCAAUGAAGGUCAUGAGAAAAGAUAAGAUUAUGGAGAAAAAUCAUGCUGAGUACAUGAAAGGUGAGCGUGAUAUCCUGACGAAAAUUGACCAUCCCUUCAUUGUGCAGCUUAAAUACUCAUUUCAGACUAAGUAUAGACUGUAUCUUGUGCUGGACUUUAUAAACGGUGGACAUCUUUUCUUCCAGCUUUAUCACCAGGGGCUUUUCAGAGAGGACUUGGCUCGCGUGUACACCGCAGAAAUUGUUUCUGCGGUCUCCCACCUUCAUGAGAAAGGCAUAAUGCAUAGAGAUCUUAAACCCGAGAACAUCCUCAUGGAUGUAGAUGGCCAUGUGAUGUUGACAGACUUUGGUCUGGCAAAAGAAUUUGACGAGAACACAAGAUCCAACUCCAUGUGUGGGACUGUGGAGUAUAUGUCACCAGAAAUUGUUCGAGGGAAGGGCCAUGAUAAGGCUGCGGACUGGUGGAGCGUUGGGAUUCUGUUGUAUGAGAUGCUCACAGGAAAGCCUCCAUUUGUUGGAAGCAGAGACAAGAUACAGCAGAAGAUUGUGAAAGACAAGAUCAAGCUUCCACAGUUUCUGUCAACCGAAGCUCAUUCAUUGCUCAAAGGGCUGCUACAAAAAGAGCCCGGAAAGCGCCUGGGAAGUGGAUCAACGGGAGCAGAGGAGAUCAAACGGCACAAGUGGUUCAAGCUGAUAAACUGGAGAAAGCUUGAAGCGAGAGAGAUACAGCCUAGUUUUCGGCCAGAGGUAUCCGGAAAGCUAUGCAUAGCCAACUUCGAGAAGCACUGGACGGAGAUGUCGGUGUUGGACUCUCCUGCCGCAAGCCCAACCGCCGAUGCCAAUGCCAAUCCAUUUGUGAACUUCACUUACGUGAGGCCACCACCAUCCUUCCUUCAGCGAGCCAGCCCUUUGUCUUAGGCAGGAUUGGUGUCUUUGUUUCUGUUUAUUUUGCGGUUGCUGUCGUGGUGGUUAUGGUUUUUGUUUAGGUCUUGUCCGGAAGAAACGUACUUCCUUAAGUUAACUACGCAGCGCAGAUAGUCAUUGGGGGAUUGGAAUCCUACUGAUGGGCUCUGACCCUUUCCGGC